ACAGACAGCAAGGACAGAGAAGCUACAAGCUGUUUCCAGGCCACCAUCCCCGCUGUUACCACCAUGAAGCUACUCGCCGUGACUGUGCUGCUCCUCGUCAUCUGUAGCCUCGAAGGGGCUUUUGUGCGGAGACAGGCAGAGGAGCCGAAUCUGCAGAGCUUGGUCUCUCAGUACUUCCAGACCGUGACCGACUAUGGCAAGGACCUGAUGGAGAAGGCCAAGGGCCCAGAGCUUCAGGCCCAGGCCAAGGCUUACUUUGAGAAGACGCAGGAGCAGCUAACACCCCUGGUCAAGAAGGCCGGCACUGAUCUGCUCAACUUCUUGAGCAAUUUCAUGGACCUCAAAACACAGCCUGCCACCCAGUGAGGUGUCCAGACUGUUGUCGUCCAUCCCCAGGUGGCCCCUGGAACACCCACUGGCCAGGCUCAGAGCCCUUGUUUUCUAAAUAAAUAUUGAAGGAGUCAUA